UAAUAAAGCCAGCUCUAGUAAAAAUAACUUAUCUCAUUCUGAAACAGAAAUCGAUAAACCUGAUCUAAAUUUAGAAAAGUUUAUAGAUUUGUUUAAGAAAUUAGCUAUAGAAACUAAUUUAUCCAGUUCUGAUUCAGAAUCCACGGGUUCAGACUGGUACGAUCUUGAUCUAAAAAAACCCGAAAGAACGCAUCUAUAUUACAAAGAAAAAGUUUAUCUUUCCUAG